CAAGGUCCCAGGGACGGCAACACGCUGAGUCGUGCCCUCCCGGGUGGGGUCCCGCCUCAAGCCGCCCGGAGCCAGGAGGAGCUGAGGGAUGAGGGCUCUGCGGGCCUGGCUGCUGGGCCUGCUGCUGCUGGGCCUGGCCCUGCGGGGGGCUGCGAGCCCGACCCCCCGGCACCCCAUGGAGAUCCGCACCCCUGGCAUCGACCCCGCCUGGUACGCCGGCCGCGGGAUCAGGCCCGUGGGACGCUUUGGCCGGAGGAGAGCAGCUCCCCGGGGGUGUCGGGGGUGUCGUGAGCCAGCCAGCCUGCUCCCCCCUGCGAGGGGGCGCUGA